AUGGAUAAUGAAAGUUUGAAACAACAAAAAAACUUUUUAAAAUCAGCUCAAACAAAAGUGACUGCUAUUGAUGGAAAAAUUCAUUUCGAAAAAAGUGGUGAAAUAGUUGGAAGUAGUCAACAACAAACAUUUGGUUUUGUAGUUGAUAACUCUCCUGAUACUGUUGCAAAUGAGAUCAUUUCAAAUUUAUAUCUUGGGAGUCAAGACUGUGUAACAAAUAAAGUAUAUUUACAUUCUCUUGGAAUUAAACAUAUUUUGUGUGUUGCUCCAUUAAUCCCUUCUCUAUUUCCCAAUGAGUUUGAUUAUAAAAAUAUUGAACUGUUAGACUUACCUUCAUUUAAUAUCAAACUAUUAAUGAAUGAAUGUAUUGACUAUAUUGACCUAUGUUUGAACCAAGGAGAAGCAGUUAUUUGCCAUUGUAAUGCUGGUGUUUCAAGAAGUGCAACAGUAGUUAUUGCAUAUUUGAUUUUGAAAAAGAAAAUGAGUUUUACUAAAGCAUAUAAUUUAGUAAAACAAAAACGACCAUCAAUAAGACCAAAUGACGGGUUUCUUAUUUAUUUAAAAAUGCUUGAUCAACAAAACCUAAUACAAAAAGAAUAA